AUAGGACUUAUCGCAUUGUGACAGUAUGAUUUUUGACAUUGUCCCCUCGACAAUGCCAGAGUGAAUAUGUGUGUUGUAUCAAUAGGUCUAAAAAUGUGCCUAACAACGAUAUUAAUAAUAAGUGCUUCACUCCUGACACUGAAAACGGAUGCAGCCAAAAUUUUGGCAAUUUUUCCGUACCCAGCUCAUAGCCAUCAGUUGGUCAACCAUCUCUUGACAGUUGGCCUAGCCAAGCGUGGACAUGAACUGACUGUCUUCACAACAAAUCCAAUGAACAAUAAUAUUCCCAAUUAUGCGGAAUAUUCUUUGAAUCAUUUAUACCCUGUGAUGCGCACACGUAUGAACUACAUAAAACAAGGAGAAAAAGGAUUUUUGAAUAAUUUCAAGUCAUUUUACGAAUUGACUCGAAUAAUAGCCGAUGAUGUACUCUCGAAUUCACACAUGAAGGAGUACAUAUCGUCAAAUUCAACAACGAAAUUCGAUCUGAUAAUAAUAGCAUCGUUUCACUUUGAUUCACUCUAUUAUCUUUCUGAUUUACUCGAUGCACCUCUGAUUGUCAUUUCUUCAUUACCAGGAUUUGCGGCGCAUUAUUUUGAAAUGGGAAAUCCUGUUCUCCCCGCCUCUUUUCCCGACGUUACACUUCCUCACGCCGGAAAAAUGAAUUUCUGGCUGAGAAUUACCAACUUAAUCCACGUUAUUCGACAAUAUUAUGGCUAUCACUACCAAUCAGCAUCACUACAAGACAAAGUACUCAAAAAGCAUUUUGGUGACAGUGCACCACCGAUUGAAGAUCUCAAACUUCGUAUCAGUCUUAUGUUGCUCAAUACACAUCCCCUACUUCAUUAUCCACGACCAAUGACUCCCAAUAUUGUGCAAAUCGGUGGAUUCAGAAUGGGAAUGAUGAACACGACACUGCCACGAGAUUUAAAAAAUUCCUUGGACAAUGCCAGACAGGGAUUCAUAUAUUUCAGCCUCGGUUCAAACAUAAAUAGUAGUCAGAUGAGACCGGAUAUUUUGGAGCGAAUCAUUGGAGCUUUUUCAGAGAUGCCUUAUCUGAUUGUAUGGAAAUAUGAUGGAGAUUCACUACCACAUAAACCGAGCAAUGUACUCACUCAAAAAUGGAUUCCCCAGCAUGGAGUGCUAGCCCACCCGAAUAUUAAAUUAUUCAUCUACCAAGGAGGCCUGCAGAGCAGUGAAGAAGCUAUUGAAUGUGGUGUACCACUUCUGGGUAUUCCAGUUUUUGUCGAUCAACACUUCAAUGUUGAAGCAUGGAAACAAAGAGGAAUAGCAGAAUCCUUGAAUCUGUACACGAUGACUAAGGACGACAUUGUAGCUAAGGCACAUCAAGUUAUAUCGAAUCCAAAAUAUAAAGAAAAUAUUAAAAAAUUGUGGACUAUAUUUCGCGACAGACCUCAACAUCCAUUGGACGAAGCCAUUUGGUGGAGUGAGUACGUGAUAAGGCACAAGGGCGCCCCCUAUUUUCAAUCAAUCAGACUUCCUUGGUACCAAUAUCACCUGAUUGAUAUUUACAUUUUCGUCGUUUCGGUGUUUCUUGUUCUAUUCUAUUUUCUAUGGAACCUUCUACAAUUUGUAAUUACCAAAACUCGAAAUCAGUUAAGUACAAUUUUAAAGAAAGUCUCCAUCAAUUCUCUGACGCAAAAAAAAGUGAAAAAUUCCUGUAUUUACAUUUUUUGCGCUGUCCUGUUCUCAUUUUUUGACUUAAAAAAUAUCCGUUGUGUUCCUAAUCACAAAUUUAAGUUGAUCCACGAUCUCCUCAUGUCUGAGUGUAUUCAUCACGAGACUGAAAACAUAACGACGACAACGCAUUUAUCAUAUAUAAUCUUGAAUAUUUCCACUUUCGAUAACAGUUGCUUCGUUCAAAUCGUACAAUUUGGUCAGUUUUAUUGUAAGUCAUCGCCAGUCCCGCAUUGGCCCAGUAUUGGCCAACGGACAACAGCCAUGACCAUGUGUCCAGGUUCCAAAAUGUCCUCCGUUAUGACCUUUAUCGUCAGUCUUUUUUUAUUAACAUUGAAUGUGGAUGCAGCGAGGAUACUUGCCAUUUUUCCAUGGCCAGCAUAUAGUCACCAGGUAAUUAAUCAUCAACUGUCUUUGGCCCUAGCUAAGAGAGGACAUGAUGUAACAGUAUUUACAGCGAAUCCAAUGAAUAUCACAAUUUCCAACUACACAGAGCACUCCUUGAGUCAUGUCUAUCACAUAGUUCGUUCAAACUUGAACUACGUCGACAAAGGAAAAAAAGGAAUGAAGUAUCACUUCAAGCUCUUCGUCAAGGUCACCCAAAUGAUAUCCGAGACGAUCUACUCAACUCCUGAACUUCAAAAUUAUCUAUCACCAAACUCUACAAAAAAAUUUGAUCUUCUAAUGGUAGCAUCGGUUUACGUCGAUUCGCUCUAUUACAUCUCGCAACUACUUGACAUACCCUUAAUCCUGACAGUUACAUCACCAGGAUUUGCAUUCAAUUAUUUCGAAUCGGGUAUUCCUACGAUGCCCGCAAGUUAUCCGGAUGGCCUUUUGGGCUACUCUGAUGACAUGACUUUUCGUCAGCGAGUGGACAAUUUAUUGUACAUAGUUCUUCAAUGGUACGAUUACCAUUACAUAGCAGGUCCAGCUCACGGAGAAGUCCUGAGAAAACAAUUCGGUGAUGAUGUUCCAUCGAUAGACGAUAUCAGACGUCGGAUCGUCAUGACGUUUCUCUGUACCCAUCCGUACCUUCAUUAUGCCCGUCCAAUCACACCGAAUAUUGUGCAAAUUGGAGGAUUGAGGAUGGGAAUGAUGAAUAAUACUCUUCCAGAAGACUUAAAAACCAUUCUGGAUGAUGCCAAACAGGGAUUCAUAUACUUCAGCCUUGGAUCAAACAUCAACAGCAGUGAAUUGAGACCAGACAUAUUAAACAACAUUAUCGGUGCUUUCUCCGAGCUUCCCUAUCUCGUCCUCUGGAAAUUUGAAUCAAACCUUCCUGAAGGUCACCCGAAGAACGUAAUCGUUCGGAAAUGGAUUCCGCAAUAUGGAGUUCUAGCUCAUCCGAAUAUCAAAUUAUUCAUCUAUCAAGGAGGCCUGCAGAGCACUGAAGAGGCCAUUGAGUGUCGUGUACCACUUCUAGGAAUUCCAGUCAUCCUUGAUCAAUCAUUCAAUAUCAACGCAUUGAAACAAAAGGGGGUCGCUGAAUCGUUGGAUUUGUAUACGAUGACCAAAGCCGACUUCAAAGACAAAAUUCACCGACUCAUAUCAAAUCCAAAGUAUAAAAAAAAUAUGGAGAAUUUGUGGAACAUUUUCUCUGAUAGACCUCAACAUCCCUUAGACGAGGCAGUUUGGUGGACCGAGUUCGUAAUCAGACACAAAGGCGCUCAGUAUUUUCAACCAUCUAGGCUACCUUGGUACCGAUAUCACAUGAUCGAUAUCUAUGCUUCGAUUCUUCUUGGAUUACUGAUCGUGUGUUACCUACUUCAAAAGUCUCUACGAUUUACAAUCGCCCGAGUUAGACUUCAUGUUGGUUCAAUUCACAAGAAUAACUUGAGUUCCUCAAAAUGGAAGAAAGUUAAAAAUUCGUGAAUAGAUCAAACGGUGGAAUUAUUUUGCGAAAAGAAAUGGCAACUUCUGAGAAUAUGUUGCUGCACACUCACAUACGAGAACAAUUUUCAUCGUUGUAAUAUAAUAAUAAAAUCUAGAAUAAUUUCCAA